AUGAACUAUCCAACACCAAAUAUGUACCACUCGCCCCAAUUCCAACCGCAUAAUAAUUUCCCAAACAAUGUGGUGUAUCUUCCAGCACCAGGACCACCCCAUAUGAUGCCUGUUUACGCCAUGCCCGCGUUGAAUAACCAACAAUAUGCGGCCUAUCACAUGGGGAAUAAUAACGGCGGUUCAAAUGGCGGCGGCCAAAACAGAGGCGAAAGACGCACUUUGAAGAACACGAGUCCGUUGAGACGCUCAUUGGCUAUGAAUAACAAUGGUGCCGGUGGCAGAAGCGGGCCUUCAACCAGAACGCCGCAUUCACCAGCCCAGAGUGCUGCCAACGGACCAGAGUACACAGAGGUGAAGUCUAUUGACGACAUUAAACCUGCAGAACAGCAAGAAACUGAUCUUGAAACUAGGUACACUAAGAUGUUUGAUCAGGACGUGGGACUGCGUUCCAAAAGCUCUGGUGUAACAACCGCCCGCACCCAAGUUUACAAGGUAUCGGAACUCCCCUUAACACAACCAGCCUCGAUGAGUGACAUUUUCAUGAGGGAUCUUAUAGAGACGAAACGAGAAGCCUACCAUGAAAAGCAACCACUGGGACCCACGGAUGAUCCUGAAUACCAAGUGCAGGCGCUGGCAGAUCUCCCGGAUGCGGUGGAACGCUUUACUUCUGCGAAACGCACCUCAAAGCAAGACCGGACCGCUAAACCGUCCGCGAAAGACUCCAGAGCCAACCCCUUGGCACGCGUGGCAUUUCAGGAGCCGAUCGACGCAAAUGACAGUGUUGAUCUGAGCUUUGACGGUAAGGCUAUGAACAGAAGCGAUGUAUUCAAAAUUGUCGAUUCUUUUUACCAAGUUCCUGGGGAAACCUCGGACAACGACGACGAACACGAAAACGGGAACGAGGAACCAUCCUCAGGAUUUGCUAACGUUUCUAUCUUACCACCGGAAAUGACUUUCCGAUGA